UAUUAUCAUAUAGCUAUAUUAUAUUAUAUCAUUUUUCUUGUAAAUCCUUCUAUAUAUAAACCCUUUUCUCAACUCUACUUUCCUCAUAACAUCAAUAUAUCUAUAUACAGAAAACCCUUAAUUGUCCUCCCAACUUCCUCAUCACCAAGUCAAGCUCCAUGCUCUAAUCAUUCCUUUGACUCACAUAUAGGUGCUGUGCUUUUCUUACCGUGUGUGUGUGCGAACACAUAGUUUGUUGUAAAACUGGAUCGGAGGUAUGGAAAGGAAUCGGUUCCACCGGAAACGUCAGCGGCGGAGAAUCCGUCUUGGAAUGAGUCUGAUGUCACCGCCAUGAUAUCAUCUCUCAGCCGUGCCAUCGAGUAUCCAGCAGCCGACGGGCAAGAAAGGUCAGACUCUCCGGUCAAACAAGAGCUUAGUAAGUCGGAUCAACUACAACAAGACCAAGAUCAACCAAGAAGAAAACACUAUAGAGGGGUCAGGCAGCGACCAUGGGGAAAAUGGGCGGCCGAGAUCCGUGACCCGAAGAAAGCAGCCCGUGUCUGGCUCGGGACUUUUGAGACAGCAGAGGAAGCCGCUUUCGCCUACGACCGAGCCGCCCUCAAAUUCAAAGGCACCAAGGCUAAGCUAAACUUCCCUGAACACCUACAAGGUCCCUCGACCACAACCUAUGUCUCAUCUCAAUCAGGAAUUGAUCAUGUUCCAAGAGGAGGUAGUGAAUUAAUGAACUCACCUCCUCCUCUUCCUACUACGUGGCCAACGAAUUAUAACCAGGACAUACUUCAAUACGCUCAGUUGCUUACGAGUAACAAUGACGCUGACUUAUCGUACUACACGUCAAGUCUCUUAAGUCAGCAGCAACAGCCUUUCUCAACGCCUUCGUCUUCUUCUUCCUCGUUGAGUUCACAACAGCAGCAACAACUUCACCAGCAGCGUGAAGAGGAGAAGAACUAUGGUUACCACUAUUAUAACUACCCAAGAGAAUAAUCUUAAUUAUUGUUGUUGGUCGAAUUAGUCUCAUAAAUUAUAAUCAUUACCAUAUUUUCGUUUGAAUUGUUAUUUUGGUUAUUUCUGAUAAUGGCGGCAAGGAGGUGGCACCGGAAAUUUGCAUGUCCUUUGUUCCGUAACAUCCUGUUUUUUUAUCUUAAUUGUUAUGUCUAUUUUUGGAUAAACUAUCUGACGAAAAGCUCUAUAUGCAUUGAGAA